AUGCCGCUGUUCAGGCGCCGUGAGACAUGCUCCAUCCGCGACCGCUACGAGUUCCGCGACGUCCUCGGCACCGGGGCGUUCAGCAAGGUUUUCCUCGCCGAAUGCAAGCAAGAACCUGGUCAUAUGGUAGCAGUGAAGUGCAUCGACAAAAAAGCGCUCAAGGGCAAGGAGGACUCGCUGGAGAACGAGAUCAAAGUGCUACGGAAAUUGCGUCAUCCGAACAUCGUACAGUUAUAUGAUACGUAUGAGGAGAAACAGUAUGUAUAUCUUGUCAUGGAGCUCGUCACAGGUGGUGAGCUGUUCGACCGAAUAGUGGCCAAGGGCUCCUAUACAGAGAAAGACGCCAGUCAUUUAAUUCGACAGGUUCUGCAUGCCGUCGCAUUUAUGCACGAGAACGGAGUCGUGCAUAGGGAUCUGAAGCCGGAAAAUCUCUUGUAUUAUAAUCAGGAUGAGGAUUCAAAAAUUAUGGUGUCGGACUUUGGUCUCUCGAAAACAGAAGACUCGGGAGUGAUGGAGACUGCUUGCGGAACACCAGGGUACGUUGCUCCGGAAGUUCUCCAACAAAAACCGUAUGGAAAAGCUGUCGACGUGUGGUCCAUAGGAGUAAUUGCAUAUAUUUUGCUUUGCGGAUACCCACCGUUCUACGACGAAAGCGACGCGAAUCUUUUCGCGCAGAUCAUUAAGGGUGAAUACGAAUUCGAUGCUCCGUAUUGGGACCAGAUUUCAGACUCCGCGAAGGAUUUUAUUUCUCAUCUGAUGUGUUGCGAUCCGGAGCAACGUUUCACAUGUGAACAGGCCCUGGAGCAUCCAUGGAUCAGUGGUAACACGGCCUACACAAAGGACAUUCACGGCUCGGUCGUCACACAUCUGAAGAAGUCAUUGGCUAGGAGGAAUUGGCGAAAGGUCUUCAUCUAUUGA